ACGCGAUUUCACUGACGUUUAUGCGUAGUCGCUUAGUUAAGUCGUAGCUUCUGGCUGACAUAACACGGUUCCUGACAAAACUACAUUACCCAUAAGCAGUGUGAUGUGUUGUAACAGCCGAAAUCAUCAUGGCGGCCGUUGGGACACUAUCGAGAUUUUCCAGGUUAACCUCCUGUGUUUGCAAAAGUCGGCGUUUAUUUUUUAAUAGGAUACCGAGACGAGGAAUUGCAUCGUGUAUCGAUCCAUCCUUGGGUCUCACAGACGAACAGAAGGAAUUUCAGAAAGUGGCGUUUGACUUUGCAGCCAAUGAAAUGGCACCACACAUGAUCGAAUGGGACGAGAAGGAGAUCUUCCCUGUGGAGUGCAUGCGUAAGGCAGCACAGCUGGGCUUCGGCGGGAUCUACGUGCAGCCGGAGGUGGGCGGCUCUGGCCUCUCCCGACUGGAUACCACGGUCAUUUUCGAGGCCCUGUCUACAGGCUGCGUCAGCACCACGGCGUACAUCAGCAUUCACAACAUGUGCAACUGGAUGAUCGAUACGUUUGGGAACACGGAACAGAGGGAGAGGUACUGUCCAGAACUCUGCACCAUGGACAAGUUUGCCUCGUACUGUCUAACUGAGCCUGGCAGCGGGAGUGAUGCGGCCUCUCUGCUGACCAGUGCUCAGCUGAAAGGAGACCACUAUGUUCUCAACGGCUCCAAGGCCUUCAUCAGCGGGGGAGGGGACACAGACGUGUACGUAGUGAUGUGCCGCACAGGAGGGAAGGGCGCCAAGGGCAUCUCCUGUCUGGUGGUGGAGAAGGGCACGCCGGGACUCAGCUUUGGCAAAAAGGAGAAGAAGGUCGGGUGGAACUCCCAGCCAACCAGAGCGGUGAUAUUUGAGGACUGUGCCGUCCCAGUAGCCAACCGGCUCGGCGCCGAGGGUCAAGGCUUCAAUAUCGCCAUGAAGGGGCUGAACGGAGGGCGCAUCAAUAUUGCUUCGUGUUCUCUGGGGGCUGCCCAUGCAUGUGUACAGCUCGCUCGAGACCACCUAUGUGUGCGCAAGCAGUUUGGAGAGCCGCUGUCCAGUAAUCAGUUCCUGCAGUUCAAGUUGGCCGAGAUGGCCACUAAGCUGGUGGCGUCACGUCUGCUGGUGCGGGAGGCGGCCAAGGCCCUGCAGGAGAACAGGCCCGACGCUGUGGCCCUCUGCUCCAUGGCCAAACUCUUCGCCACCGACGAGUGCUUCGCGAUCUGUAACCAGGCGCUGCAGAUGCACGGCGGCUAUGGCUACCUAAAGGAUUACGCCGUCCAGCAGUUUAUGAGAGACAUCAGAGUCCACCAGAUACUGGAGGGAACCAAUGAGGUGAUGCGGAUGAUCAUUGCCAGAGGUCUGCUGACGGACUCAUGAUGUAAACCACCACCAGCUCCAUCCUUCAGCUGAGGGACCGCACUCUAGACGCACAACUUCCUGCUGCAGUGUAGCAUUCCUACCUGUGUGUGUGUGUGUGUGUGUGUGUGUGUGUGUGUGUGUGUGUGUGUGUGAUGUACUAAUCUGUUAGUGUCUGGAGCGGACCCACCAGCAGAACCUCAGCUUUGUGUGUUCUAAGGUUUAGAGGUGUUCGAGUAGGCUUAGUUCAGGUCUUUCUAGGGAUUUUUGAGAUUAUUUAAAAAAUGUCAGAUAGUUUUUUUAAAUUGUAUAUGAAGUAACACUCCAACUUCUGUUACUAUUCUAUGCUCUCUGUUCUCCUUGUGGUGUCGGUUAAUGUUUUAUAAAUGCCUUGUACAUCCGAAUGCCUUACUUUUACUGAUAAGAGAGACUUGAGAAGUCCUGAGAGGACAUGCUGAUAGCCAUGCUGAGAUGGGCUUCCUUGGUUACGGUUGCACCAUUGGCUCCCAUGGUUACGGUUGCACCGGGGGCAGUGUGGCUUAGACAGACAGAGUCAUCAUAUUACCAAAUCUUCGCUUCUUGUCCCCCUGUUAAUCCCGAUUUAAGCUUAAGCGAAAGGCUCAGAGGUACAUGAGAUGAGGAAAAAGAUUUUCCAUUUGCGUUUCCAAUGAUGAGUGCAACAUCCGUGUGUAAUGCCACGACCUCCCUGCCCUGCCCUGCACACACUCAGCCCUGGUCAGCCCCACCACCUCCCCUCCCCUGGCUGCAAAGGUCACCAUGGACACUUGCCAGCGAUCACUACAACCCCCCCCAAGGAAGGGACUCCGCGACAUUACAGCAUAUCAGUAUAUUGGCCAGGGAGAACUGCUGUGGCCCAGUCAGGGGGGAUAGGACUCUGACCAUAGACUGUAUAGUCUAUGACUCUGACCAUGUCUGUACUAAACACCCACAUAAAUAAAUAAAUGGAUAAAGAUGA